AUGUUCCGCGCUGGUUCUUUGCUCUUCGCUCUCCUCGCCGUCGUACACGGUCAGCAAGUCGGUACACUGACUGCUGAAAACCAUCCGUCUCUGUCUGUUCAACAAUGUUCUCAAGGCGGUAGUUGCUCGACGCAGUCCAGGUCGGUUGUCCUUGACUCGAACUGGCGUUGGUUGCACCAAGUCGGUACCUCGACGAACUGCUACACUGGUAACACCUGGGAUACAUCUCUGUGCCCCGACGCUGUAACUUGCGCUCAGAACUGUGCACUUGACGGUGCCGACUACUCAGGAACGUAUGGUAUCACGACGUCUGGCAAUGCGCUCACGCUCAAGUUCGUUACGCAAGGACCAUACUCGAAGAACAUCGGUUCACGAGUGUACCUGAUGGCCGACCAGAGCAACUACCAAAUGUUCAAAUUGAAGAACCAGGAGUUCACGUUCGACGUUGACAUGUCUAACCUUCCUUGUGGUUUGAACGGGGCACUGUACUUCGUCGAAAUGGACCAGGACGGUGGCUUGUCGCGAUUCUCAGGCAACAAGGCUGGCGCGAAGUACGGGACUGGUUACUGUGACACGCAAUGUCCGCACGACAUUAAGUUCAUUAAUGGCGAGGCUAACGUCGAGGGAUGGGCGCCAUCGCCUAAUGACGUGAACGCAGGAUCGGGCCAGUACGGUACAUGCUGCGUUGAGAUGGACGUCUGGGAGGCGAACUCAAUGGCUGCCGCCGUGACGCCGCAUGCCUGCACCAUCCAGGGUCAGACUCGCUGCUCGGGUACUCAAUGCGGUGACGGUGACCAGCGCUACGAUGGCAUCUGCGAUAAGGAUGGUUGCGACUUUAACUCCUUCCGUAUGGGUGACAAGUCCUUCCUCGGCCCAGGUCUCGAGGUCGACACGCGCCAGAAGAUGACCGUAGUGACUCAGUUCGUCACUGCUGACAACACUACGUCCGGUAGGCUCAGCGAGAUCCGCCGCUUGUACGUUCAGAACGGUCGAGUCAUCCAGAACUCCAAGGUUAACAUCCCAGGAAUGGAAGCCUACGACUCGAUCACCGAUGACUUCUGCAAUGCCCAGAAGCGGACAUUCGGCGACAACAACUCAUUCGAGUCGAUGGGCGGACUUAACACGAUGGGCGAAGCCUUCGACCAUGGCAUGGUUCUCGUCAUGAGUGUUUGGGACGACCACGCUGUUAACAUGCUCUGGCUCGACAGCAACUACCCGACUGACGCACCUGCGACCCAGCCUGGUAUCGCCCGUGGAAACUGCCCAACGUCCUCAGGUCAGCCUACUCAGGUUGAAUCCCAGAGCCCAGGCUCGUCUGUUACCUUCUCCAACAUCAAGUUCGGCCCUAUUGGCUCCACCUUUGCCUAG